CGACGCCGAAGAAGAAGCAGGACGGUAAACGUGGAUGACAGAGCUCGCUGGAACAGCGCGAAUAUAACUCCUGGAAACCCAGAUGGAGAACGACGUCGUCGUCUCGCUCGAGGAUUUGGGGUAUCAAGGCCCCCUGUUGGAGGACGGGGCCCUGGACUGUGCAGUCAGCUCUGGAGCUGCCUCACCGGAGUUCACAAAGCUGUGUGCCUGGAUCGUCUCGGAGCUCCGGCUCUACUGCACGUUGGAGGAGAAUGUGCACGCCACCAACUGUCCGAGCGAGGCGGAGAGCUUCCAGCUGGAGAUGAGCGGCCUGCUGUCCGAGCUGUCCUGUCCUUACGCCGUCCUCACCAGCGGGGACAUCGUCCAGAGAUUCCUCAGCAGGACCGACUGUCUGCUGCUCCUCACCUUCCUGGUGUCGGAGCUGGAGGCGUCCCGCAUGGUGCUGGUCAACCGGCCCCAGAGGAAGGCCCAGGAGCCCGGCAGCCCGCUCUUCCAGGAGCUGAAGGGGAUCUGCAUGUCGCUGGGCAUGUCCAAGCCCCCGGCCAACAUCACCAUGUUCCAGUUCUUCAGCGGCAUCGAGAAGAAGCUGAAAGAGGCUUUAAGUCGGGUUCCUCCAAAUCACGUCGGCGACCCCCUGAUGGCGAAGCCGCUGGGACCCGUGCACAUGGAAAAAAUGGAAGCCAUAAACCAAUCGCUGGUCAAUGAGUACGAAGUGAGAAGGAAGAUGUUGUUGAAGCGCCUGGACGUGACGGUGCAGUCGUUCGGCUGGUCUGAAAGAGCAAAGAAACAGCAGGAGAAGUUGGCCAAAGUUUACCAGCCGCUGCGCUCUGCUCUCCUCACCAAAAGUAAAAUCUCCGUUUCCCACCUCCUGGCGGCGCGCCAAGACUUCUCCAAGAUCCUGCGCACCAGCAGCGGCCGCAUCCGCGAGAAGACGGCGUGCGCCAUCAACAAGGUUCUGAUGGGUCGGGUUCCGGACAGGGGGGGCCGACCCUGUGAGAUCGAGCCGCCUCCUCCAGAGAUGCCCUCCUGGCAGAAGCGUCAAGACGCCCCCCAAGGAGGAUCGCACUACGGAGGAGGCGGCGGCCACGGCGGCGGCGGCAGGGGAGGCUACGACCACCACGGCCAGGGAGGGCGCGGGGGCUACGAGAGAGGAGGCGGGGGCUACGAGAGAGGAGGCGGGGGCAGAGGAGGAGGGGGCAGAGGGGGCAAGGUGCAGGGAGGGUGGGUAGAUGGAGGGGGAGGAGGAGGAGGAGGAGGAGGGCGGGGCAGUUACAACCAGGGCCACUAUCAAGAUGGAGGUCAUCAGGGUGGAGGAGGGAGGGGGGGUUACGGAGGGGGCAACAACCACGGGGGCUUCCAGGAUUCUGGUUACCAUGGAGGAGGUGGAGGAGGAGGCGGUUACCAUGACAACUACCACCAGAGUGGAGGCAGGGGCGGUCGAGGGGGCAGAGGAAGAGGAGGAAGAGGUGGUGGGGGUGGAGGGGGAGGGGGAGGGGGGUGGGGAGGCAGAGGAGGCCAGAAUUUUAACCCCGGAGGACAGUUUGAACAGUUCUUCCAGCACGGCGGGCAGCACUACAGCCAGGCCGGCUUCAGCCAGGGCCGCCACUACACCAGCUGAAGACCAGGGGGGUCCACAUCCAGGCCCGGAACCCCCCAGAGUCCACAUCCAGGCCCAGAACCCCCCCAGAGUGUCAGCAUCCGGGCUGGAAACCCCCCAGAGUGUCAGCAUCCGGACUAGGAACCCCCCAGAGUCCACAUCCAGGCCCGGAACCCCCCCAGAGUCCACAUCCAGGCCCGGAACCCCCCCAGAGUUCACAUCCAGGCCCGGAACCCCCCCAGAGUUCACAUCCAGGCCAGGAACCCCCCAGAGUGUCAGCAUCCAGGCCAGGAACCCCCCAGAGUGUCAGCAUCCAGACUAGGAACCCCCCAGAGUCCACAUCCAGGCCCGGAACCUGCCAGAGUGUCAGCAUCCGGACCAGAACCCCCCAGAGUGUCAGCUUCCAGGCCAGAACCCCGGCCUUCCCGUCGACCUGGGAGCCCCCGGGAUGGUCUGGGCAGUGCGGCGCUGCUCAGCUGGAGCGCGGCAGAGAGCAGCUCCAGCUUCAUGUAGACCAGGCCUCGCUCCUGAUGUUCAGUCCGUUUGAGGCCCUGAGGGUCUCAUAGGCUUAUUGAAAUUCUCCUGGUUUCAUUGAUCUUCCCACUUGGUUCGUUUUGGUUUGACUGGAGGCUCUCUUGUUUCUCGGUUUGAUGAGGUGAACGAUGUUCUGUUCAGGUUUGUUCAAUCCUCCAGGUCGUCUUCUUAUGUGGGAAAUAUCAGUAGAAAAGGUCAAAUGAGAGAACACUUACCGCCAUGAUUAAUCGCUUCAAGGCAAAACCAUUUUCAGUGUUUACAGGGAGUCAGAGGAAGCUGGAUGUUCUGUGUGAAGACUGGAGGAGGUUUGGUCGUUUCUUUUCCAAUGGAAAAACAGGUUUUUUUCUUUUCUUUUUUUUCCGUUUUUUUUUCAAGUUCAAACUCAUCUGGCCAAACAUCAGUAGCCUCCGACCUUUUUAUUUAAAAUGCGCCGUGUAAGAUUGUGUAUAGAAAAGAUAUCCACGAGUGGUUUGCAUGAGUGUGAGAAUGAGCAAUAAAAGCUGAAACCAUG